GCGGGGCGCGGAGGCGGCUUCAACAUGGCGGCGCCCUCGGCCCCGCGGCCGCCCCGGCCCCGCAAGGAGCCGCAGCCCCUCGUCAUCCCGCGGAAUGCCGCCGAGGAGCAGCGCCUCCGCCUUGAGCGGCUCAUGAGGAACCCGGAAAAGACUGUACCAAUUCCCGAAAAACUGAAUGAAUGGGCACCACGACCUCCCCCGGAGUUCGUUAGAGAUGUCAUGGGUUCCAGUGCUGGAGCUGGGAGUGGGGAGUUUCAUGUAUACCGGCAUCUUCGUCGGCGAGAGUACCAGAGGCAGGAUUUCAUGGAUGCCAUGGCUGAGAAGCAAAGACUAGAUGAGGAAUUCCAGAAGAAACUGGAGAGGAAUAAGAUGAUUGCAGAAGAACAAACAGCAAAACGCAGAAGGAAGCGCCAGAAAUUAAAAGAGAAGAAACUGCAAGCUAAGAAAAAUAAACUCGAACAAAAGAAGCAGGAAAAAGAACCUGAUCAAUCUCAAGAGCAAGGCAGCAGCGAGGAUGAGGAAGAGGAUAGCAAGGAGGAGGAAGAGAAGGAAGAUGAUGCUGAAGAGCCAAGUUUCGUGAUGGGAAGAGGAUGAGGCCUUUCAGGGACAGCUGGAAACACUGUUCAUUGCUUUAUAUGCAGGAGCAUGAAAGUCUUUCAUCUCAGCCAAGCAGAACCCAUUGGCGUACGUUAUAUCUGCUUCAUGGUGAAUGACCUUCACGUCACAGGCCCAAGAGAUAUUGAUAGAGAAAUGCCAAAUAAGAGAUUUUUUUCUUAAUUGCUUGUAUAACUGCUAUGCAGUCUGCUCUCAGUUUGCUCUAAAGAGUCAGCCAUAAGUCUCUGUGACCCUAGAGUUCUUUCAAACAUGGCCCAGAGUGUUUUUCUGUCUGAAAGCUAAAACAUAUCCAUUACCAUUUAAGGAAAAUAUUACUGUGAGGGCUACGUAUUCUACUUAAGUCGAAACUGGUAGCAGUGGGAUACUUGAGUCUAAGGGAAGAGUUUAACCUGAAGUAGAAAAGUGGUCUGUAGCCAGACUCUCCUGCACUGUGAGUGUUCUGAAUUUGGGGUUUUGUAUGGGGUCAUCUCUAACCCAAAGAAAUCAGUUUAUGUUGCUAGACAAGUUCUAUAGAUUUUUAAGCAGGAUCCCUUUUUUAUUGCUAAAAUUUUCCCUAUUACUUUUCUUCCGUGUUUUUUAAAUGAAUAAAGGGGGUGUGUUGGAUUGUUCUGUCUUCUUUUUUUUUUGUUUGAAGAGGAUUUCAGUAAAAUGAAGAGAUGCUUGCAGGUGCUGCAGGAAGGGACAAAAAGACCAAGUGAAGUAGUGCAUGUGAAAAUACAGAAAAAGGUCUUAGCUGUAUUUCAUUUACUUUUUGCUUUUGGAUUGGAACAGUAUCUUUUCCAAAAGAUUAUGUCUGUAAAGCCUCCAAAUCCUGUGGCAGAAAGGCUUGGAAUGGAAUGGUUUUGCUUGUGUUCUGCUUCGUGUAGUGGCACUUGCCUUUCUCUCUGCUCGAGCUCUCUGCUUUGAACUUCGGGUUCCCUGGUGGGAAUCAUAACAUCCGUAUAUAUAUAUUUACUUACUGGUGCUUAAAUGAAAAGCAUAUGCAGUAGUGGUUUUAUUUGUAACUUGGAUUGUUGUCUCUUCGGUGUAUCUUUAAUUAAAAAAGUGCCUGCUAUCUUUCAGACACGCUCAUCCCAGGACCUCGGCAUCCAGAAUGUGGUGCUACUUCUUCUCAAGCCUUUGUUAAUGCCAAAUUAUUUCAAGCAAAAACAGUAAAAAGGGAGAGUCCCUUUUUAGUUUUAGCCUUUGUUGAACAGUGCUGCCGGAAAUCCUGCAUUUUCUCUGAGCUGGCUUUAUGUAAUGGCUUCUCAGUGGUAUUACCGUGGCGGUGGGGAAGCAGCUGUGAUCAAGCGCAGGCAAUGUUUGUGUUGGAGCUCCCUUGUACAUACCCAAAGACUUUAGAGCUGGAGAACUUCUGAGCUGCCAGGUCUGUGUCCCCACCACCACCCCGGGCUAGAGAUCUGCAUGGAAUUGUUUUCUGCUUGUCUUCAUAGAGGCAGGUGCUUCAGGAUAAAUCGUGAUGGUGUUUCAUUCUCUAGCACUUAAGAUGCAGAAGGGAUGUUCUGCAGCUGUUGGCGUUUUCCCCGUGGAGAGGGAUGAGUUAUGAGAAUCCCUUCACUUGAAAUCCCCCUGAGGGCAGGUAGACCCUGGUGAUAGGUCUGUCAUAGGACGUGAUCAAAAUGUUGUGAUGUUUCUUAGCUCUCGGGGACGGAGAAAAAGUGAGAGCCCCACAAAUAAACAAAGACUGUUCUGCCUCUGGGCUUGUCGGGCUUUUGAGCUGAAUAAAUAAGUGUUGGUUUGCAUUAAGUAGAGCAGAUGUUGCUGCAUGAGGACGCGCUUAUCUCGGUUGGGAAGAGGAUGGACUUGAGUUGGCCUUGGUGAACUAAACAAAUUGUGGUCGUGCGGCCUCAUCCUGCCUGCCUAGGGCUCCAUCUCUACCCGUGCUGAAUUAUUCAUAUGUUGUGUUUUCUAGGAAGGCUAAGUUGGUAGGUGAAAUCCAUGAAAAGGGAAGAGGAUGUGUUGCUGAAGGUGGUAUCUGCCUUACAGUCUGUCUUGCUGGGGUGGCUGAGCGUAGCGGUGGGAGCCGUGCUUGGUAGGUGUUGCUGUGAAUUCCGAAAAAUACUAUGCCGUGUUGUGGUUGUUCCUGUCAGUACUGUGUCUUCCAGAACACAAAGGCACUUCAGAGCGAGCUUUUGAAGGGACGUUUCUUUGUCAAGACAAAAUGCAAGUUCUCUGUGACCUCAAAACGGGGAAGGCAUCGUCCCUGGAGUAGAAAAAAAGGGAUGUGGUCCCAUGUGUAGUAAAAUGAGGAACGAUUUACAAUUGCUUCCUGUUCCAAAUAAUGCCAUAAAGGCUUUAAACUGCCAAGGAGUUUGACCUGCUUAUGGUAAAUUCUCGCUCUGGAUUCUUUUCUAGAGAAGUCCCUCUCCUUUCUCUGGUGGAGACUGAUCUUCAGGGGCUAAAGUUUGCUGCUGUUCCAUUCCCUCACGUGUGGGACCCUGAGAGCCAGCAGCGUUAGUGCUGUAACCGAGCAGAGGUAUUCCUCAUCUCAGGAUAACAAACGUAUUUGUCUCUUCAGUAAGUUUUUAGGAAUUGUGUUCCUUUGUCUUCUCCCUCCCCCAGGCAGCGGUGACUCCAGAAGGUGGAUUACCUCCAGCUGACCCCUUGUGCUGCCUUUCAGCCUUUUCUUUUAUCUCCUUUCCAGGGAAGGAACUCCCUCCUCUUUCCCAUAAGCCUGUCCCUACCCUUGCUCUCUCCCGAUGGGUUUGUGCAGGAUUUUGGGCUGAGUCAGGAGAGGAGGGAUGCGGGGAGGUGGCAGCCUGUGCUCUGCCUCAGCCAGAGGAUGCCGCAGCUCGGCGCUGCCUUUUGACUUAUGUAAGUGGCCACUUUUUUUCUUUUUUUUUUUUGAUUUUUGGCUGUGUAAUUAAUAAUUGUAAUAAAAGCACGUUAACACCCCGUU